AUGACAACAUUUGUAGUUGCCAUAGACUUCGGCACAGCCUACAGUGGCUACUGCUUCUGUGUGAGAUCCAACCCUUCUGCUAUCAGGGCUCCACACUGGGGGGAAGGAGAGGGUGUUAAGUCACUGAAAACUCCCACCUGCAUUUUGUUUGAUGAACAUGGGGCAUUCAUCGAUUUUGGCUAUGAAGCACUGAUGACAUACAAGAGAGGGGGGCAAAGCAAAUUAAGCUUUUUCAAUCAUUUCAAAAUGCAGCUUUACAACAAAAAUAUCAACAGAGACAUGAUGAUCAACGACACUGGAGGGAGGCCUAUGGGGGCUAUGAAAGUGUUCUCUGAAAGUAUCCGAUAUCUAAAGGUUCAUGCUCUAGACAUGUUGUCAGCACACGCGGAUGGAAUCAUAUUCAGUGCCUCUGAUGUGACCUGGGUGCUGACUGUGCCGGCAAUCUGGAAUCCUGCAGCCAAACAAUUCAUGAGAGAAGCAGCAAUACAGGGAGGCCUGGUCACUGAGACAGACUCAUCAAAGCUCAUCAUCGCGCUAGAGCCAGAGGCAGCCUCAGUGUGGUGCAAGCAGCUCCCCAGUGAUGGCUUCAUCUCAGAGGGACUUGACAACGAAAUACUGGAGCAAAAACCUGGAACACAGUACAUUGUUGUUGAUUGUGGAGGUGGAACAGUUGACAUUACUGUGCACCAGGUCUUGGAAGGAGGGCUCCUGAAGGAAUUACACAGAGCUUCGGGUAACGAUAUGGGUGGUGGAACUGUUGAUUUUAAGUUCAAAAAUGUCCUCAGAGACACCUUUGGCCAUGAUCUCUGGGACAAAUAUGAAAAACAAAACCCCACUGAAGUGCAGAGAAUGAUGUUUGAUUUCACUACAUUUAAAUGUGCCAAAAAGAUGAGGGAUGUUUACAUUCCUUGCCAUUACAACUUGACCACUUCAACAUUGAAGAAUCUAAACAUUGGCAGCUUCUUUAAAGAUGGUCAGGGAGUCUCAUGGUCAGAUGGCUCUAUCAAAGUUAGCCUUUCAAAGCUAAAAGAAUUUUUCAAGGAGAGUGUGGAAAAAAUUGUGCAGGACAUACAAGCAAUCUUACACAAACCAGAGAUUCACAUAGACCACAUUCUCUUAGUAGGGGGCUAUGCAUCUUGUAAAAUCCUUCAGAAUGAAGUGAAAGAGCAGUUUGGCCAUCAGUGCAGAAUCCUCUGUCCUGUGGAUGCUCAGCUGGCUGUGGCAAAAGGGGCAGUCCUGUAUGGCGUGAACCCCAAGAUAGUGGCAUCACGAGUCAGUGCUCUGACCUAUGGCAUUGCAAAAGGUGUCACAUUUGACCCAGCAAUACACAGGGUAGAGAAGCGGAGAGAAAACAAGGCAAAAUACUACGUGUACUGUGACGAUGUUUUUCACAAAUUUGUCCAAAACGGUCAAUCUGUACUCUGUGAUAAGGCUGAAGAGUAUAUGUUUGGUACAAUUGAUUAUGACCAGACUGCUAUGAACUUCCGAUUUUUCAGCACAGAGGAACCAGAUUCAAUGUAUGUAGAUGAGCCUGGAAUGAAAAAAAUUGGACAGUUCGUUGUCAAUAUGCCUGAUAUAAGGGAGGGCGGAAAUCGAAAGGUGAAACUUGAGGUUAGUUUUGGAUUAACAGAGAUCCAAGCUACAGCCACUGACAUGACCUCCAACGAACAAGAGUCAGUUAGGCUGGAUUUUAUGACGCAGUGAAAACAGAUUUAUGGCUUUAUAUCAAAUUACUGGAAGUCACACACAGAGGGUUUCAAUAAUUUGUCAAAGCUGUCAAAACUAGCUUGAAGAUUGUCUGUGACGUUUUUUAUUUAACAUGAAAUGGAGAGGGGUCCUUCAUGGUUCAGCAUAAACAUUUUUAGCUGGGUUUAGG